AUGGCAAUCAAGGGCCACAUGGAACUUCCACCAAGGACAGGGGUCUUCGACGAAUCAACCGUCAAGAAACCAGAGGAGUUGAUUGAGGAAGUUAAGAAGCAUGAGAGGGAUGACCCGGAUGAAGGAACGAGCAAUGCAGUCAAGCGCCUGAAACCUUACCCAUACAGGGGAGAGCCUAAAAGGCAGAAAGAGGACCCAACCGAUUUCAUGGAGAUCUUUGGCAAGCUUGAGAUCAAUCUGCCAUUUUUACAAACAUUGAGACUGCCCCCGUUCAGCAGGUUUAUUAAGGACUUCAUAGCUGGAAAAGCUAAGGUCGAUGGGAAGAUUGUAAUUGGAGAAAAUGUGUCUGCUGUAAUCCAGAAGAAGAGACUUCCUUCCAAGAGAACUGAUCUUGGGAUGUUUACUCUACCCAUCAUUAUUGGGGAUGUUAAAAUUGAGCAUGAUAUGUGUGAUCUGGGAGUGUCUAUUAAUGUGUUGUCUUUCUCAGUUUACAAGAGAUUGACUGGAGUCAGCCUAGUGGAUACAAAGGUGGUGAUCCAACUCGUGGAUAGAUCAUGCAUUAGUCUUGAAGGAGUGUUAGGAAAUGUGAUCGUGAGGAUGCAUGAUUUCCUAUACCCUGCAGAUUUUCACGUGAUCCGUAUGAAUGAGUCGGAGGCUGGCGAGUCCAGUGGAGUAUUGUUGGGGAGACCAUUCCUGCGAACAACUAAAACUAUAAUUGAUGUGAGUGACGUAACGAUUUGCUUGGACUAUCAUGGGGAGAAAUUCACUUUCAAUAUUGAUAAAGCAAUGAAAAAACCCUUGGAUAUUGAAAAUCUACAUUCGUUGGAUGUGAUUUACCCAUUAGUCCAAGAAUUUCUUGAAACUGAACUCUUGCAGGAGCAGCCUGCAGCUGCUGAACUGAAUGACUCGAUUGAAGAAGAGGUUUCUAGAUGGUGUGAAACACUUUUGACACAAAAUCAGAGUAUUGUAGGUUAA